AUGUCCGGACGUGGUAAGAGUGGAAAGGGUUUGGGGAAGGGGGGCACUAAACGUCACCGCAAAGUUUUGCGAGACAACAUCCAGGGCAUCACUAAGCCCGCUACUCGCCGCCUGACUCGGCGUAGAGGAGUCAAGCGCAUCUCUGGGCUCAUCUACGAGGAGACCCGCGGGGUGCUGAAGGGGUUCCUGGAGAAUGUGACCCGGGAUGCAGUCACCUACACCGAGCACGCCAAGCGCAAAACUGUCACCGCCAUGGAUGUGGUCUACGCGCUCAAGCGCCAAGGACGCACCCUCUAUGGCUUCGGCGGCUGA